AUGUCAUAUGACGUCAGAUGUGACGGCAACAAACCAAAGACGUUUAUAAAAUUACUUAUUCGCCUAAUGCUCAUUAUAUGAAUAUAUAAGGGUUGAGCAAACACUAUAACUUUUGUGAUUUUAAUGCGUGCGUUUUGAACUGUUGACACUAUUGUUAAUUAAUUCUCGUCUUUUGCAAAUUGUCAUUACAUUCAAAAUUAAAACAUAAAACAAAGAAUUAGAAAUAUACAUUUAUUUCUCACCAGAGCGCGCAAUGACGUCCACAUUAUUCUUUUUACAAUACCAAAUAACGCUACCUGCGUCGCGUGUUAUUCCUUUUGCAAUGGGUCUCGAGCUCCCCUUAACACGCACACAAUUUAAAAUGACCAUACAAACAUUUAUUUUAAACAUUUUCAUACAACAUAUUGUCUCUAUAAGAUAGGAUGCUGACCGUUAUUUUUGUAAUGUAUUUAUACCAUGCAGGUGUUAUUAGCAGGAAACACCGAAGGUCAACGUGUGUAAGAUUUUGCGAAUUGGCGAAUACAGAAGGUGUUCCAGUAAAGAUAGGAAACAUUUGUUGCCAAAUAACAGUUUCCAGCGAUGGAUGUGAGAGAAGCUAGUGUACCAGCAGCAUGUUUCCCACGAUAUCAGUACAUGUUGAAGAUAAGAAAAGAUUUGGCCAAGCGGUAUAACUGUUUAAAUAAGAUCAAAAUAUUAGAAGAUUGUGAACCACUGUUAGAUGUUAAUGAUGACAAUAUACGCAUAUUUAUGUGCAAAUCAGAAGAAUCCACCGACCAAUUCAUAGAUAUCAAAUCAAUUAUUCCGAGAAAUUGGGACACAGUUAAUCAAAAAGAAUAUAAAAUUGAAUCCUUGAAAAGAGAUUCUAAAUUCUUCAAAAAUGCCUACUGCAUUUUCUUUAAAGAUAUGCUAACAAAAUAAGAAAGGUUUUCCCAGCGUACUAUUUUUAUAGGAACGGAUAACAACUUGACAAAAGUUAUAUCAAACAUGUUAGGAAGCCAAAAACGUACUGUGGUUUGUCUUGAGGAAGAUGUUGGCGCUGCUUUAUCGACUCAAUUAGAGAGACAUGCUCUUGCAGGAAUAAGAGUUGCAUGUGACAAACUUUAUGUUAUUCUUACUGGUAAUACUACCGAAGGUAUAAGUAACACAGGAGAACCAUCUGUGAAUUCUGAAAACGUCGAAUCAACGAAACAACGGUCAAAAUCAGCAGGAUCGAGCGUCAAAGAUUCACCGAGACAGGCUUACCGACACCUGUCGGUAACGACUGAACAAAUACCAUGUGUAAAAGGGAAACAAGGAAAGAUCAAAAGUCCAAAAAGCGGAACUCCUGUCGAACUUUCAGAUACAGACUCAGAGUUGAUUGAGCGCCUGUAUUACGAAUUUGUUGGAUUGUUUAACAGAAGCAUUCUUCCGGAAGAUGAAAAGCCGAGUCAUUCUGAAUGCUUGUACAAGAUUGAUAAAACGAUAUUGCAAGAGUUACAGGAGCUGAGUAAUUCGAUAACAAGUUGUGGAUAUCGUUACAGUACACUUCAUGUAAAUGUCAAUGUCAAAACGACAUCCGAUGAUCUAAAACACAGUAUCGGACAUGUAAUGGAAAAACAUAAUAUAACAAAAUACUCUGUAGUACCCUCGGUUAUACAGGAGUUUUCAACGUGUAAUGUAGGUCAAGGGGUAAGAGUCGAAUAUGUCAAAAAUGAAUUUUAUACUGGUACACUCGGCGGAUUUGCUUAUACGUCUUCAGGAGAAUCAAAGCGUGAUUGGGCCAUCCUAUCUAGACAUUUUGCUAAGAGCAGUUUUGACAGGAAACUGUACGUAGCAAAGCAAGAAAAUAUGUAUAUCGGCGAGAUUAUGAAGGAAGUUAAGGACGAUGAGACAAAUAAAGAAUACCUUGAUAUCGCUGCUGCAUCACUGGAUGAUAACAUAUCAUCCGAUAAAACAUACGUUACUGAAAAGAAUGAAUCUGUCCAAGGAAAACUUUUCUCUUAUGAUGCUAAGAAGCUUAUGUGUUUACCAGUUCACAUUAAAGGAGCUAAAACCGAACUAGGCCUUGGAACAAUUUCUGUCCCGGAGCAAAUCGCAGUUCAAAACGACAAUUUGGAUGAAAACUACAUUAUUGUAGAAGAUAGAGAGGAAGGCAAUGCUUUCUGCCAGGAAGGCGACAGUGGAGCCAUAGUGUGUGCUGAGAAUCCGGACAAAUAUGGAGAAGAAGUCCAUUUGAUUUCAAUGGUUAUGGGAGAAAAUAUGAGUAAAAAGGGUUCAUAUACUACGGUCAGACUUGACAAGGGUUUAGAUCAGCUGAAAUCCUUAACAAACAAAGAUUUCAACAUGUAUUGAAUUAACGUAUUAUUUCAAUAGCAUAAAAAAAUAUUGCCUGUGAGAAGUCCAUAUGUCAGAUGUUUUAGUAAGAUAAGCUAGAAAUGUUCCUUAGAUUUCAUCAGCUACGUGUUUCACAAUAUUCAACAAUUCUUAAUGAGAUUCUAAGAAACGGUUUCAGAAUUCCUUUUGUAUAUGACUAUUUACUUAUAUAUAUUUGUUUUUGAAGUAUAAUAGUAAGGUUCAGCGUCUACAUUUUUGUAUUUGUAUUGAAACGAUAGAAAAUGAAUGUAAAGUUACAUAAUUUUGAUUAUUAAUUACCAUGCUGCAAAUAUAUAUUUAUACUCAAGAUGGAUCUUUUUCAUCGUUUUUACAAACUUUACAAACAAGUAUUUUCUUUAGAACAAGUGUAUUUUUUUAAAUUACUGUGACUUAAUUAGGUUAACAAUAUUUCAUCGGAGUUUUUUUGUUAUAAACGAAGCUUACACGCAAGAUUAUACGCUAAUGCAAAAUGACAGCAAACGAAUGGUGUAUCACUAGAGCUAUGCAUUGCAUAGUUUACAUUGAUCAGUGCCAAAUGAAAUGCAUCACAAACGAAUGCGCAAGUUAAAGGAAAAGUGUUGCGACACGGAUAUUCCAUUACGUCCGUAAAAGUGCUUGUUUUUUUCUGUUACAGUACGGGUAUUAUUUUAUAUCGGACUGGUAUUUUGUACGUUUUACACAUGUCAGAUCAAUCGCGUGCUUUAAAUUGACGUCAUUUUAGCGCGUUGUAUCAAUUUUGGCAUUAUUUAAUAAUGCAACUGUGCCUAGGAUGAUGUUAUUUCGCCGUUAUGAAUGAAGUUGUAAUUGCAUACGUUGUUGUAAGAAAAUAUUUAUGGAUAAAAUGACAUAACAAGAAAAUAGAAUAUGGUGGAGUAUAUUAUUAUAUGCAAGACACAAAUAUUUAAAAUAUGUUUGAGGUUUAAAUAAAAAAAGCUGUCCCUCUGGAACCCGCCCGAUGAGUGGGUCCACUCGGGACGGUUAUUCCGAUCCGGAUUACAACACAUGACACAUAUCAUUAAGCUGAAGUAAAUGCUGAAGUAAACGCUCACCAAUUAUUUUGCCAAGAAUUUGACUCGAUGUCUUAUUUAUAUAAAGACAUUGCUGAUAUGCUCGUAUAGUUUAAGGAUAAUAAAUACUGGGUUCUAGCCAGCCUAUUAUCGCACGUCGUGUGAGACAUGUCUUUGGCAUUGAGGUAUAAUUGCGUUAUCCGUUAAUCUUAAUGACAAGACACGAUAGCCAAAUUAUGACAUUACGAUUGUUCACCGCAUUUAAAUUAGUUUUUGGCGUCUUCCUUAUAAGAGAUAAGAGAGGAUGAUCGAGCAGCUUUUUUCUCUUCUUUUAAACAUAAGAAACAAUGAUAAGAAAUGUAUGAAACCAAGUCAUUUAAAGUCCGUGAUGAAACUGAUGAUGAUUUACAUUAGAUACUUGCGGUUAUUUAUACCAAAAACUGUGAACGUAAUUUGAGUCAAAUACUGAAUAGAUGUUUCGUUGUAAGUGUUUUGUUAAGUAGCAUACACCAUAAAUGAUUUAAAUAAACCAUAAAAAUACUCUUA